AAGGAAAAGGUCAAAAAAAAAAAAGGGAGGAAAAAAGGAGCCACGUUACUGGAACUUCUCAGGCGAAUCCGUCUUCAAAAACCCUUGUCUGAUUCUUGAUUCAGUUAUUCUUCCCAGUAACGUUAAAAUUUCCAAAAUAAUAAAUGAUAUCAAAAUAAUCAUCAGUAGUCUGAGAUAUCGUGCGAAACUUCUGGAAGGGGCAGCUGACACGAUCUCCGAGGGAGAGGGAUGUCGUCGCCGGACAUUGGGAAAAUACUGGACAACUCGAAGGAGCUCGAUCGGUUGAGAAAGGAGCAAGAGGAAGUCCUUCAAGAGAUCAAUAAGAUGCACAAGAAGCUACAAACCACUCCAGAGGUGGUUGAGAAGCCUGGUGAUGAUUCACUCUCAAGGCUCAAGAUGCUAUAUACUCGAGCCAAAGAUCUUUCAGAGAGUGAAGUGAAUAUCUCCAAUCAGUUGUUAGGGCAACUUGAUGCUUUAAUACUUACUGGACCUCCAGGGCAACAGCGAAGAAGGAUAGAGGGCAGUGAGCAGAAAAAAAAACGUAUGAAGGCUGACUCUGAUGUCUCAAGAUUGACACCUUCUGUGCGCAAUCACCUUGAUGCUCUUGCUAGUUUGAAGGGUGAACAAGUAGCAGCUAGGGUCACCCUAGAGGAUGCUGAUAAAGAUGAGUGGUUUAUAGUUAAAGUAACGCAUUUCGACCGAGAAACAAGAGAAUUUGAAGUCCUAGAUGAAGAACCUGGUGACGAUGAGGAGGGUGGCGGGCAGAGGAAGUACAAGCUACCCAUGUCACAUAUUAUCCCUUUCCCCAAGCGGAAUGAUCCCUCUAGCGCUCAAGAGUUUCCAGCAGGAAAACAUGUUCUGGCUGUCUACCCAAGUACCACUGCCCUGUAUAAAGCAACUGUAGUUCAAGCUCGCAAGAGAAAAACUGACGACUAUAUACUUGAAUUUGACGAUGAUGAGGAAGACGGAUCUUUACCUCAGCGGUCGGUACCCUUCCAUAGGGUGGUCGCUCUUCCAGACGGACAUCGGCAGUGAACGUACAACAUAGUUCACACUUGUCUAUAAUUUUCACGCAGUACAGGGAACAAGGGAAAUCUGCCUUAUGUAUUUAUUGGGCAUCCUCCUACGGCUAUUUAAGUGGACAGGGGAAAUCUGGUUUUAUUAUUUAUUGGGCAUCCUACGGUUACUCACGCGGAGUUGUUGUUUAAGCUUGUCAAUUGUUGUAUAUUAGCGUUUCAGCAGUCGUCGUCCUCGUCGGCUACUGGAAGCGAUUGGUACCGUGAAUCUAACAGUGUAUAUCUUCGGAUGUGAAGUUGUUCCUGGCAUAUGGUUCUGCAGGCAAUGAUGAAUUCCUGUUGGCUG